ACCAGUUUUUGUUUCGAGAUUGAUCUAAGAUGAUGCUACUGAAAGACUGCGGAACCCACUUGCUGUUGGUCCUGGUGCUCACGAUACGGGGAUCCUUCUGCGUGCCAGUUCUGGAUGCAGCUCCUGCGGCGGCCACGCCUAACACCGUCGAUGAGGCGGAUAACCUGGUCGAGGGCAGUGGAGAGACUGUCACUGCCCCCCAGGCUGCAGCCCCCUCAACAAACAACGAAACUAUCCCCGCAUCCGCAGACAACUCGGAGGCAGCAGUGCCUGACAACGUGGCCAGCGGGAGCAGCAUUGAUCCCACCACCGUGUACUCGAUCACUCCCGAGGCCUUCCAGCAGUACGUGAGUCAGUAUGGAGCAGCCUUUGCUCCCUACUCAUAUCCGGCUCCCGUUGGGGCAGCAGCACCCGGCAUUUAUCCAUACCCUGGACCCAUUGUGGUGCAGACGGGCUACGAGGGCUUCCUGAUGCCCACCAAUGGCGUUGGGCAGUCGGACAGCACCACUGUGGCGGCACCUGCUCCUCAGCCGGCCUCUUCGAAUCCCCUGCUGGCCCUCGUCUCCAGUCUGAUGCCCACGGUCCUGAUGUCCACGCUCCUCCGCAUCGCCGCCGUGGUUCUGUCCGCCGUAGGGAUCAUCCUCUUUGGCGGCGCCAUUACCAGUGCCCUGUGCAGGGUCACCCCGAUCUGCGAUAUCCCCGCCAGGGCUGUGAACAUCCUGCGCACGGGAGGAGCCCAGGAUGUGGGUCGCAUGCUGGCUGAGGAGAUGACCCCGGAGCGGGUGCGUAGGGCCACGGAAUUCGUGCGCAACGCCAUCCGGAAGUACCAACAACUGCAGAAGUUGGCCGAGGCCUCGGAGGCGAUGACCGAGUUGACCAGUGGGUAUUAGGUUUAGUGCUGGCUCGUAAAUUAGGUGAAAUGCAAAAUAUACUUUUAAUGACGCUAUACAAACGA